UGGGAUCGUGGGCAAGUCCGUGUAUUGUGACAGGAUCCCAGGAUACAACAUGUUGAGAGUAAUUAUAUUGUCUGCUGUAUUCAGCUUGGCGGUAGCCAGCCCUGCUGUAACGAGGAGCAGGCAAGACAUUGAAGCCUUCAAACAGUUUUUAGAUGGAAUCCGUAAAGGCAAUGAAAAUACAGUACAAUUCCAAGCAAAGAGGAUUUCAUUCCCCUUCGCGAAUGUUGAGGAGCUGAGCGGCAAGUACCAGGGCGACAUAGUCCUGGAUGACGAGGAUUAUGAGGUGAUGCUGCAGGAGUAUGCGGUAGGCCGCAAUGCCUACUCCACGACCACCAUCACCACCUGGCCAUACAACACUGUUAUCUUCGAAUUUGGAGAUGGAGAAUUCAAUGAUGCACAGAAGACAGCUAUUUGGAAUGCUGCAAGAGACAUCGAGGCACACACAUGCGUCAAAUUCAGAUAUAGGACAGCAUCUGACCCUGUUUAUGUGAAACUUACUGGAUUGGCAGACGGUUGCUACGCUAACGUGGGUUACAGGGAGUCUCGUGGGGCCCACACAAUGAACUUGGCUCGAAACGCCGUUGGUUCAGGGUGCUUCAGACAUGCCACCAUAGUGCACGAGUUCAUGCAUAUCCUCGGCUUCGUGCACAUGCAGUCUACGCACAACCGGGAUAAUUUCGUCAAGAUUCUUGAAAAUAAUGUCGUGCCAGGCAGUGAACACAAUUUUGACAUAUACAAAGAGUCAAGAGUGGACAAUUUGGGAGUGGGCUACGACUAUGUUAGCUGUCUGCACUAUGGCCCUUACGCAUUCACAGCUAACGGACGACCGACUAUUGAGGCACUGCAGAGAUUCACAGGCGAGAUGGGACAACGUGAAUACGUUACGGACAAAGACUGGCUUCGCAUCAACAGAUACUACGACUGCCCAGGCGCAUGGAAUUAAACUGAUUAGUAUUAAUUAGAUUUAAGAUGAAUACGAAUAUUAUAUUUUAGUAAUUAAUAUUAUUUAAAUACAUAAUUUUAUAAGUACUUACCA